AUGGUGGUGUCAGUGAUCGCCCGGGAGGAUGUCUGCAGGGUGGUUAUCAUCCAUAUGAUGCAGGAGACGAGAAGGGAGAGGGCCUAUCUCAGAGCAGCCAAUGAGUGGCUGCGCUGGGAGGAUGAGGAGGGCGAGACUAUCGAUGGCGAAGAUAUCUUCGCCAUUCGUGACCUCCACGCCAGGGCGGAGGGCUGGUUGGCAGAGGCCGAACAUGAGGCUUACAUGAGAGGAGAUCGGUGGGAGGGUGGUAUGGGCCCAUACACCCACAGAGCUCAGUGGGUCCGGGCUCUCCGAGAGGAGGCCGGGCGGAUGGAGGUCGAGAGCGAGCAAGCUCUCGACUUGUACGACGUGGAGGAUCUCUGGGACUUCCACAUCCUCUUCGGGGACGCCCCUCUCCAGCCAGACCACAGCGCAGAUAACUGCGACCUCGAGGAGUGGGAGUGA